GGGCGGCGGGUGGAAGCCGGUGCCGGAGUGGGUGUUGUAGCGCCGCCGCCGCCGCCUGGGCCGCGUCUCCCGCCCGCGAUGGGCGCCGGACCCUGAGCCCCGCCCGCCGACGCGUUUUCUCAGCACCCGCCAGCCGCGAUGGAACCGCCGCCCGCCGCCCGCCGUCCCGCCGAGGGCGCCCCGCCGGCUGCCGUGGCCGAGGUGCGCUGCCCGGGCCCCGGGCCGCUGCGCCUGCUCGAAUGGAGGGUGGCGGCGGGCGCAGCCGUGCGUCUCGGCUCCGUGCUGGCCGUGUGCGAGGCCGCCGCCUCCGCGCAGUCCCCCGGGCCCGCUCCUGCCCGCGCCGGCUCUGGGGGCUGCGUGCGCGCAGAGCGCCGGCUGAGGUCAGAGCGCGCCGGCGUGGUGCGGGAGCUGUGCGCGCAGCCGGGCCAGGUGGUGGCCCCCGGAGCCGUUCUGGUGCGAUUAGAAGGAUGUAGCCACCCCGUUGUCAUGAAAGGCUUGUGUGCUGAAUGUGGCCAAGACCUAACCCAGUUGCAGAGCAAGAACGGGAAGCAGCAGGUGCCGCUGUCCACGGCCACCGUGUCCAUGGUGCACAGUGUCCCUGAGCUGAUGGUGAGCUCCGAGCAAGCUGAGCAGCUAGGAAGGGAAGACCAGCAACGACUGCAUCGAAACAGAAAGCUGGUGCUCAUGGUCGACUUGGACCAGACCUUGAUCCACACGACGGAGCAGCACUGCCAGCAGAUGUCAAACAAAGGCAUAUUUCACUUCCAGCUGGGCCGGGGCGAGCCGAUGCUGCACACCCGUUUGCGUCCGCACUGCAAGGAGUUCCUGGAGAAGACCGCCAAGUUGUACGAGCUGCACGUCUUCACUUUUGGCAGCCGGCUGUAUGCGCACACGAUCGCAGGCUUCUUAGAUCCUGAGAAGAAGCUUUUUUCUCAUCGAAUAUUGUCGAGGGACGAAUGUAUUGACCCGUUUUCUAAAACAGGCAACCUUAGAAAUCUCUUUCCUUGUGGAGACUCAAUGGUUUGCAUUAUUGAUGACCGAGAAGAUGUCUGGAAGUUUGCCCCCAAUCUGAUCACCGUGAAGAAAUACGUGUACUUCCAGGGCAUAGGAGACAUCAAUGCUCCGUCUGGGCCCCGGGAGUCUCAGGCGAGAAGGAGAGUGAAUCACUCUCCCAAAGGCGCCGAGCUCACAGAGCAAGCUCCGUCUGUCAAGGACCCUGAGGAAGGAAGGCAGGUUUCUGGGGUCGAGCAGAGUAACGGGCUUGGGAAGCCCUCCAGGGAACUCAAUGGAGGCGCUCCUCUGCGGGGGGACUGGCCCUUGCCCUGUCAGGAGGAGGAGAGGGGCACCCGGCCUGCUACCCGCACCCCCUUGGCCGAUGGUAGGGGUCCCCCAGCGAGUGCUCCACAGCAGAGUCGGACAUUGCCUGAAAAGCGGCCCGCUCAGGGCACGGCGGGCGCUGACCUGGACUUUGACUUAUCCAGUGACAGUGAGAGCAGCAGCGAGUCAGAGGGUCAGUCGUCCUCCGCCGCCUCUGAUGGCGAAAGUGGGGAGAAGAGGGGCCGGAAAAAGCCUAAAGCCACACGAGAUGCCAGCAAAGUGGUGCCGCAGGGCGGCCUCCCGGGCACAGGAGGUGACAGGCCUGCAGGAGCAAAUCACUGCGGAGAGUCCACGCCCAGUGCCCAUCCAGACAUGCCAGAGGACAGCGAGCGGGACAGCCUCUGCGGGCUCGGGGGUGGCUGUGCCGACAGGAAGGAGGCCGAGACGGAAUCCCAGAACAGCGAGCAGUCGGGUAUCACAGUGGGCGAGUCCCUGGACCAGAGCGUGGAGGAGGAGGAGGAGGAGGAGGAGGACACCGAUGACGACGACCACCUGGUCUACCUGGAAGAGAUCCUUGCCCGCGUGCACUCCGACUACUACGCCAAGUACGACCGCUUCCUCAGUGGGGAGAUCCAGGAGGCCCCUGACAUCCGGAAGAUCGUCCCGGAGCUCAAGAGCAAAGUGUUGGCAGACGUCGCCAUAAUAUUUAGUGGGCUGCACCCAACAAACUUCCCGAUAGAGAAGACCCGGGAGCAUUACCACGCCACGGCCCUCGGAGCGAAGAUCCUCACUCAGCUGGUGCUGGACCCCAACGACCCCAACAGAGCCACCCACUUGGUCGCAGCGCGGGCAGGCACGGAGAAGGUGCGCCAGGCCCAGGAGUGCGGGCAGCUGCACGUGGUCAACCCCGACUGGCUGUGGAGCUGCCUGGAGCGGUGGGACAAGGUGGAGGAGCAGCUCUUCCCGCUCAGGGACGACUACGGCAGAGCACAGAGGGAGGAAAGCCCGGCAGCCUUUCCUGACAGGCAGAGUGCACUUCCAGCCGCGGUGUUCCAUCCGACGCCUGUCCAUCCCAGGGCCCAGGCUGGUCCUGAAGUUCGGAUCUAUGACGCCAACACGGGCAAGCUCAUUCGGAAGGGCACCGCAGGCCCCGGGCCCCCUGGCUCCCUUCCGGUACACGUGGAGCACUCCUCCUUCAGAGUUGUUCAGCCACAUCAACAGCAGAUGUUUGGUGAAGAGCUGCCAGAUAAUCAAGAUGGAGAGCAGCCUGGUCCUUCUAGAAGAAAGCGACAGCCCAGCAUGUCAGAGACAAUGCCGCUGUACACACUGUGUAAGGAGGAUUUAGAGAGUAUGGACAAAGAGGUGGAUGACAUCCUAGGAGAAGGCAGCGAUGACAGCGACAGUGAAAAGAAGAAGCCGGAAGAGCAGGAGGAGGAGGAACAGGAGGGGGCACCUCAGCCCAGGGAACCCAAGGCCCCGGGGGCCCACAGGGGGCACACGCUCGAGUCGACAUCAUCCAGCGAGAGGAGUGCAGCGGAUGGCCGGGGGCCCAGGGGCCACAAGAGGAAGCUGAAUGAAGGGGAUGCUGCCAGCGAGUCCAGCGGGGAGUCCAGCUGCGAGGACGAGGAGGGGAGCAGCUCAGAGGCAGACGAGAUGGCCGCUGCGCUCGAGGCAGAACUCAGCGACCUCAUGUGACCUGCGGGCCGCGGGGUGGACGCGUGAACCUCUUCUGUCCCUUCCCCGUGCCGGCCCAUAGACGGGGUUUCCUUUUCUCCAGAAAGAUGUGUAUAUUUUGCAGAGCUCCACAUACAAAACACAAUAUUUUGCAGAAAUAGGUGUUUUAAAGUUUUAGUACAGGAAGGUCUACUUUUUUAAGUGACAGUUUCACGGGGAAGUGGUGUGCCACGCAGAGACCCUUGUCGAGCUCAGCAGAGCCGCACAGCAAGACUGGAGUUGUGGUUUAUUGUCAUGUAGGACGGGGUUUUGGGGGGGCGGAAGUGUGUUUUUCCCUUUAAAUACCACAGCCUGUUAUUUGGGGUGAAGACUUUGGGGAUCCGACAAGGUGUAGAGGAGGGUGUGGCAUCUUGUCAUGAUUUUUCACAGCCAAAGCCGUCAGAACGUCAAAGGCUUUAGAUGGGGCAGAGCGUGUGCACGCACAGAACCCUGAGAAUAGCGCGGGCCUGGGCAGCCUCAGGGCCGAGGAGCACGUGGUGCACUUCCGAGCGGGCCAUGACAGCCGGGUUCUGGACCGCCUCCCCUCCCCUGGGCAUCGCGAUAAGGAGUGCUGCCUUCCCUGAGCAGCCUUCUCCUCUGAGAGAUCUGAUGUAAAGUUUUGUAUAUCUAUUUCAUAUUUGACCCACCACACAGAUUUUUCUUUCAUUUAAUAAAAGUCCCUUUUGUAAGCUC